AUGAAUUUGGAUUCAUCCCUAUUUGUAGUCAAACAAGAGUAUAAGGUGAAAGCAACCCAGACCCAAUAUUGCUUAAGGUUUAUUAAUAUUAUGUCAAUGUUGGUACAAGUUUUCGUCUCCAUGAGGAUCUUGAGAGAGGUAGAUCAUUCUGAGAUGGUGCUCAUCCAUGUUCUUGCUAUCUUGUGGAGCCUCAUUUAUCACGUAUCGCCUCCCUACAGGAAAUCACCCCUGUUUUUAAAUUGUGCUUAUGUGAUUUGUGCAGUAUCUUUUUGUACAGUAUGUCUUAAUUCGAUGGAAGCUAGCUAUUCGCCUGAUAAUUUUGUGCAGUUAAUUAUCAUCGUGCUAACGUUUGUAUUAAUGCUACCUCCAGUGAUCACCAGUUUUACUCUAAUCCUUCUCAUUUUCUACGAAAAUGAGAAGCCUGAGCCUAAAAUGGUGCUUAUUCCAACAGAUACAUUCGUCACAAAGAUCGUGUAUGACCAACAUGACUCACAAGUCAACAAUAUUUAGAUGAUAAUUUAUGAAUAUGAGUACCUGUCCAAC